AUGCCCGCGUGCUGCCGCCUUCGUCCCUUCGGCUCCCUGGCGGCAGUGGCAUCCCGAGCCCCCACACCGUCCUCAAACAAGGCCACUCAUUACUUGGACUAUCGUCACCUCCUCCGUUCGUGCAAAGAUAUCCACUCCCUCCUCCAAAUCCACGCACGCCUCGUGGUCCUCGGAGCCGCAUCCGACGAUUCCAUCGGUGCCCUGCUUCUCAAUUCCUACUCAACCUUCCACCAAUCCGACCCCGCUUUCUCCGUCUUCAAAUCCUCUCCCAACUCCACCGUCAUCCUGUGGAACUCCAUGAUCAGAUGCUACACCAGAACGGGGGAGCAUAACAAGGCAAUUCAGUUCUAUAAUGACAUGGUGGGACGAGGUAUCGAGCCCGACAAGUACACCUUCACCUUUCUUUUGAAGGCCUGCACUGGGGCCCUCGACUCGGAUACUGGCAUCUUGGUUCACCGCGAGAUAGUUGGCAGAGGAUUACAAAAGGAUGUCUUUAUUGGGACUGGCCUUGUUGACAUGUACUCUAAACUGGGCAUGAUCGAUACUGCACGCGAGGUGUUUGAAUCAAUGCAGGUAUUGGAUGUUGUCUCGUGGAAUGCCAUGAUUGCUGGGUUGUCCCAGACCGGUGAUCCUCAUGAAGCACUAGCAUAUUUCCGGAAGAUGCAGUUGGUCGGUGAAGUCCCCAAUUCAGUUACUGUUCUUAACUUGUUUCCGGCUGUUUGUGAACUGUCUGCUCUUUUGCUUUGCAGGGCUGUUCACGGUUUUGUCAUUAGGAAGCAUCUUUUGCCUUCUGUUUUUAAUGGGUUGAUUGAUACGUACUGCAAAUGUGGGAGAACUGACAUUGCACGCAAGGUUUUUGAUGGGAUGUCGAGUUUUAAAGAUGAUGUUUCAUGGGGGACUAUAAUCUCUGGUUAUGUCCACAAUGGGUGUUUUCUGGAGGCUUUGGAGCUUUUUGAUGAGCUGACAAGAGAAAACCUGAAGUUGAACCAGGUGUCCGUGGUGAGUGCUCUUUCAGCUGCAGCUGAGAUAGGUGACCUUGGGAGGGGGAUUGAAAUUCACAACUAUGCAAUAAAGAAAGAAUCACAUUUGGAUAUUGCAGUCAACACAAUGCUUAUGACGACGUAUGCUAGGUGUGGGGAGCUAGAGAUGGCAAAAUCGUUGUUUGAUGGUAUUCAAGGAAAAGAUAUUGUUGCUUGGUCUGCAAUGAUCGCAGCAUUUGUUCAAACAGGUCACCCCAAUGAAGCAGUGAACCUUUUUCGAGAGAUGCUAUUGGCAGGCAUCAUACCCAAUUCUGUGACUCUUGUUAGUCUACUUCCAGCUUGUGCAGAUUUGUUAAAUCUGAAGUUGGGAAGAAGCAUACAUUGCUAUGCCUUAAAAUCAAAGAUUAAUGUAAGUGUUACAGUGGCAACUGCCCUGGUAGCAGUGUAUGCUCAAUGUGGAUCUUUUAGCUCAGCACAUAUUCUGUUUGAUGCCCUAGAUCCCAAAGAUGUUGUCACUUGGAAUGCGUUGAUCAAUGGAUAUGCACAGAUGGGGGAAGCAGGUAAGGCUUUGCAGAUGUUUUAUCAAUUACGAUCACUCGGACAACAACCAGACCCUGGAACCAUAGUAGGUGUGCUUCCAGCUUGUGCUCUCUUAAGCUGCCUAGAUGAAGGUGCUUGCAUCCAUGGGCUGGUUAUCAGGAAUGGGUUUGAUUCAGAUCUUCAUGUGAAAAAUGCAAUCAUUGAUAUGUAUGCCAAGUUUGGGGAUAUUUAUUCUGCCAAGAUCUUAUUCUCUGAAACAAAACUAUAUAAUGAUGUGAUAACAUGGAAUACCGUGAUAACGGGAUACAUGCACAAUGGACUUGCUAGUGAAGCAAUAUCUACUUUCCACCUAAUGAGAGCUGAGAAUCUUAAGCCCAAUUUUGUUACUCUCGUGAGCGUAAUUCCAGCAGCUUCAUACCUGGCUUCUUUAAGAGAAGGCAUGGCUCUCCAUUCAUAUGUGAUCAGGAUAGGGUUUGAAUCUCAUUUGCUUGUGGCAAACAGUCUAAUUGACAUGUACUCGAAAUGUGGAAGGCUUGAUUAUGCACGUGACUUCUUCAAUCAAAUGGACAAUAGAGAUACAGUAACAUGGAAUGUGAUGCUUGCUGGAUAUGCCAUACAUGGGCUUGGUGAAAAUGCCAUCUCGCUGUUUUCACUGAUGAAAGACAAUUGCAUCAAAGCUGAUUCAGUAUCCUUUAUUAGCAUUUUGUCUGCUUGCAGGCAUGGGGGUUUAAUUGCAGAAGGUAGAAAGAUUUUUGAAUCCAUGAAAUCUGAAAACCAGGUGGAGCCUAAUCUGGAACACUAUGCUUGCAUGGUCGAUUUGCUAGGUCGUGCUGGUGAAUUGGAUGAAGCUUGGGGUUUGAUUCAACGUAUGCCAAUGACUCCUGAUGCUGGUAUUUGGGGAGCUCUGUUGGGUGCUUGCAGAAUGCAUUCUAAUGUAUGGAUGGGAGAAAUAGCAGUAGACCACUUAGUUAGACUAGAACCCGAGAAUGCUGCACAUUAUGUGGUUCUCGCUAAUAUAUAUUCUCAGGCAGGAAGAUGGGCUGAUGCUAGGAAGGUGAGAGUAGCAAUGAAUCACACAGGUCUGAACAAGACACCUGGUUGUAGUUGGGUUGAGAUAAAUAAUGCCAUUCAUGCAUUUAGAGCCGGUGACCAAUCCCAUCCUCAGUACAAAAGCAUGUGUGAUGUGUGGAAUGGCUUGUUUGAAAAGAUGGAGAAGAUGGGUUAUGUCCCAGACACAAGUUCAGUGCUUCAUAAUGUGGAGGAAGAAGAGAAAUUAUCCUUCCUACAUGGUCAUAGUGAGAGACUAGCCAUAUCCUUUGCUCUUUUGAACACAGAACCAGGGAUGACAAUCCAAAUAAUAAAAAACCUCCGUGUCUGUGGAGAUUGCCACACGGUCACAAAACUGGUCUCAAAGAUCACUAACCAUAAGAUAAUUGUCAGAGAUUCUAGUCGUUUUCAUCAUUUUGAGGAUGGUAUAUGCUCCUGUAAGGACUACUGGUGACUUUUGUUUGAAUAGAACAAGUUAUUUAUGACAACUAACCAUUCCAGUACAUUGAAGUGCAAAUAUGGAGAAACAAAUUACAGACUGGAAUUAAGUCAAUCUAAGCUGCUUGCUUAUUCUUUGAUGUUGGAAUAUCUCUAUUUGCAGUAGAACAAACUGUGGCAUUUACUUCCAGCAACUCAAGGUAAGCUUGCUGUAUCAGCCUGUCAACCAGACCCUCUAUAUUCUUUCAAGCACUUUUCUGGUAAUUCCUUUUCAAAUAAUAUUCUUCUUGAUACUAGUGAUAGUGACAGCAGAGAGAAAUAACUGUUAGUGAAUUAAGGCUCUUUGAUUGCAUGAUUGGUUUAUUAUUAUGGGAACCACCAUAUAUUCUUUUUCAGCAUUCCUUUGGCUACUUUAAUCCUGUUUUCUUCCUUGUUUGCCACUAAUUUCUUUCAUAUAAUUACCGCAAGCCACAGAAAUGACUAUAGGAAAAAAUAAUUCUCUGUAACUUACAUGAUCUAUGUUUGAGUACAGGAACGGGUACUCCUGAGGUCCACAACAUGUGAGCUAGAAUUCAGUAACAUUAAUGCUAUUACAGGUCUUGUUUUUGCCUAUAUUGGAGGAAUGCUGCCACAGUUUUAGAUAGGCAUAGAAAACCUUAUCUUAACCCCAUAAAAGAAGUAUCACUGAUUGAAAUUUAAUAAGCUAUAUAACCUCUGGCCUUUUCUAAGCUUGUUCUUACAACUUUAAAAUUGCAAAAUUUCUGGUACCCUUAUGUAUGGUGAUCUCCAUUUGAAGUGGAUCAAUGAGUAGGUGGAUCCUGUAACCUACAGGAACUUAAUUUGAUGAAAGUGGACUCUACAGUAAGUUAAUGAGGCAAGGGAGGGGAUACAGUGAAAAUAAACAUCAAUGAUGUAGAGAAUGAAAGAUGUAGGAGGCUAGGAAGAUUUUGAUUGGCCUUCUUUUAUAACAUCCACCACAACAACAAGAAGACUGUGUGGAGGUCCUUGGCGCAUCGUAAGGUCCAAUGUCAAGAAAAGUUGUUGCAACAUGGAAGAACAAACUUAGUUUGUACAAACGCAAAGACGAGCUGUCCAUCAUUUGCUUGGUGGAUGACUUUUGGCGAUGAAAAUUUGUUUGGUUGAAAUCAUUAGUAUCUGACUCCAGAUUUCAUAUAUCAAAGGUUUUAUGUGCAACUAAAUAGCAGGAUUUUGAAGGCUCUAGGCCUGAUGAUGGAAUAGUUUGAUGUGUUAUUGCUUUUGAUGCACCUAUUAUGCUGGUAUACAAUGACAGUUGAUUCAGGUUGUGUUCA